UUCUUUAAAGUUUAGUACCUUAGCAUGAAAGUGAAGCUCCACUUAAGCAAGAAAAGAAUAAAAACUAAGAAACUUACAGAAAGAGAGAUAGAAUUGGGGAUGGAUUUUGUUAGUAUUGCCAAGUUUGUAGUGAAAUGGCUUGAUCUUCUUGCAUGGCCUCUGCUUUCUGUGGUUUAUCCUCUGUGUGCUUCUAUACGGACGAUUGAGAGUGAUUCAAACUCGGAUCCUAAGAAGUUGGUUGCUUAUUGGAUUCUCUUUUCAUUAAUUUUCCUUUUUGAACAUGCUUUUGUGAGGCUGCUCCAAUGGGUACCAUUUUGGCCUUACAUCAAGAUGAUAAUCUCCUUCUUGUUGGUGAUACCAAACUUCGAUGGUGCUUUUUAUGUCUACCAACAUUUUCUUCGCCCAUGCCUCCUCGUGGACACAAAUUUUCUCCUCAAUAACCAGUUCAAGCAGAGUCAGGAGUUCGUCACCGAGGGAAAUAAUUUGGCUACUGAGUUCAAGAGAUAUGUGAAAGAGAAUGGACCUCAACCUUUGGAGGUUGCUAGUGAAGUGAAAGUGCAGAGUGCCAACAAUUUUGUGGAGAAAGUAACUGAGAAAAAGGAUGUGGAUGCUGCAAAGCAAGUUACUCGAACAGAGCCUGGCCUCUCUCAGACCGAGAACAAGAAACUUGUGGCUGGGGAAAUUAAAGAAAUCUCAGAUACAGUGGAAGCAGUUAGAGAUUUUUGUGAAAUACCAGUUACUAUGAGAGUCCAGAGGGAGUGGACUUGUCCUAUAUGUCAAGUGACAACCCAAAGUGAGACAACACUCAACUCACAUCUUCGGGGAAGACGACACAGAGAAACAUGUAAGGAGCUGAAAGAAAAGAACCAGCCAUCCAAAACAAAAAAUUCUGCUUCAGAGCAUAAGAAAUCUGAUAAAACUGUGCAGGAGCUGGAGAAUGGUGCAUCAACAUCCAGUCGAAGACAGAGCCGGAGACAGAGAAAGUUGCAACAGCAGCAAGAGAACAUCAAGUAUAAGUGUGUUGAUGAGCAUAAGCAGUCACUAUUUUGGUGCAGAAUAUGCAAUAGAAGCUGCAAUAGUAAGCAUGAUAUGCAAUGUCACCUUAAGGGAAGGAAGCACUUGGCCCAGGUUGCACAACUUAAGGGUGGAACCUGAAUCGGUAAGAAUGAAUUUUUCGAUAUCGUGCAAUGCUACAUUAGUAAUGAACAACGUUAGUUAUGUUUUUUACCAUAUUACCGAGUUUUUGUACACUAUUAACUUAGUGUUAAAAAAAUUGUUCCUCGGAAAAUAUUAUCAAGAUUUUAGUCCUGGUAUUGUCACAAUUCCCCACAAUUGUUUUGUUGAUGCAACAUGGUAGAGUACUAUGAUGGUCAUUUGUAGUUAUAGAGGAGUCUCAGUAAAUGUAGC